AUAUCAUCCAGGCCCUUCUCAGUCAUAUCUAGUCUAUAACUUCCAGCGAAACCAAAUAAGCUACACAAACACAACAAUGCGGGGUCCCUGCUAUCUCGACCCCAUCGACCUCAACCACCCAGACCAACUACACGAACUCCGACGCCAACGAUCCCUCUGCGGCUGGGAUUACCACCCAAACAAGCUCCAAGAAUGGAGACAAAAAAAUUCGGAGGGCCUGAAGAACCUCUUCUGGAUUGUCGUCACCGAUGUUGAUCACGGCAGGCCCAUAACCGCCGAGGAGUCUUCACGGGCGGGUCAUAUCUCCCUGGACGCCUACUGCGAACCGCCCGACCCCGACCUCGCGCGCGCCGACAGAUCCGUCCUCGCCAUCCAGACCUUCUUCAUUCUUCCGGAGUACCGCCUCGCGGGUCUGGGACGGCACGUGAUGUACCUGGCGGAGAGGCUGGCGGCCCAGGAGCCGAAUUGUCGGUACGUUGCGCUGACGGCGUUGAGCAAGAAGUAUAUGUACCAGGAGGGUCCGGACUGGCGGGGGAUCUGGGAGCGUAUGGGCCAGCCGAUGCCCGAUUUCAGUAUCCAGGAGUGGUAUGAGAAGGCUGGGUAUGUGGGUUGGAAGGAGGAGCCGAGGUAUAAGGAGCUAUCGUUGAAGGGGGAGGUGAUUUGGUUGCAUGAGGUGUUUAUGAGGAAAGAGAUUAGGAGAGAGGGAGAGGAGGAUGUUAGGACUUAAUAGAUUAGGAGGUACGUGGUAAUCCACAGCCUAGUGAGGUUACUAGGAUUGCUGCCUGGAAUGAGUGACAUCUUGCAAGAACUGACCCAUGGUCAUUGCUGAUACUUCAGACGGUUCUUGAUCUGUGAAGCCCCAUGAGGAAGUCUUGUGUCCACUAGAAUGUGGUCCACAAGGUGCUUGUGUGUACGAACAAGGUAGAGC